UGUGUAUUAAUAUAAAUAAAUUUUAUUUAUAUAUUUUCCUUUACUUUUGCAGCUAUCGUGUAACUAGCCGGCUAUAUAUAGCGAAACCUUGGGUACGUAAGAGCAAUCCAUAGAUGGGAGAGCAAAAGAGAGGAGAAGAAAGGGGAAUGGGUAAUGAGAGCGAGAUGAUCCCAUGUCUGGAUUUUUGUAGGGGUCGACUGCCAUUAGCAGAAAGGGGUGAUGAGUGGAAAAAUAUGAGCAAGAAAGUGAGAGAAGCAUGUGAGAGUCAUGGUUGCUUCCUAUUUAUGUGUGAUGAAAUCUCAAAGGGUGUGUGUGAAGAAAUGUUCAUGGGGAUGAAAGCAUUGUUUGAUCUGCCUGAAGAAACCAAACAAAAGCACAUUAGUCCUAAGCCUUAUAGGAGCUAUCUGAGCAAGUGUCCAGUCAUUCCCCUAUGUGAAAGCUUUGGGAUUGAUGAUGCUCAUCUACAAGUUAUGUCUGGAGCCUUUACUGAUCUCAUGUGGUCUCAAGGAAACCCAACAUUCUGUGAAGCAAUGAAGUCCAUGAGCUCAAAGUUGCUAGAACUAUGUGUCAUCUUCAUGAAGAUGAUUCUGGAGGGUUAUGGCCUCCCACAACAUUACAUUUCAGAUGUUGAAAACAUGACAAGCACUAGCAAUUUAAGGUUGAUGAAAUACAAAGUUCCUGAGAAGAACUCUGAGGUUGCCCUGGUACCUCACACUGACAAAAACACCUUAACAAUUCUAUGCCAAAAUGAUGUCCAAGGUCUAGAGGUGCUCACCAAAACAGGCAAGUGGACUCAAUUCAAGAUACCUCAGAAUGGCUUUGUGGUCUUUGUUGGAGACAUUUUGAAGGCUUGGAGCAAUGGAAGGAUUCAUGCAGCAAUGCAUAGAGUGGUGAUGAAUGGAGGAGAUAAAGAGAGGUACUCUCUUGGACUUUUUGCUAUGCCAAAGGAUGAGAUGGUCGUUGCGGUGCCUCGUGAGCUUGUGGAUGAUAAAAUGCAUCCCCUCCGUUACAAGCCAUUCAAAUAUGGGGAGUACUUCAAGUAUCAUGUCUCAACUCUCAAAGAAGAUGCACUUGAAGCAUUUGCAGGUGUUUGAUCAAUCUCUGUUUAGAAGCAAGGCAGUAGCAUGGGUUGCUAUAUAUAGAACUUCCUAUAUGUAAUGUUGUGGAGAAUAUUUCGUCUCAAGAACUUUCACAUAAGAAAUAACUCCACUUAUUUGUUAUUUAAUUGCGAAUUAUGUGUGUCGCUAUGGCUUAUAAAAAUAUGUGUGUCGCUA